AUCAAUGAAGAGGGUCAGUUUGGGUUUAAAGCGGGUAAGGGUCGUCUGGUGCGCAUAAAAGCUGAUCCGGCUGCAAUGCCACAUCAUGUGGAGGUGUUGCGACCGAUUCAAAAGCCACAACAGUCAUUGAUGUCUAGAUCCCAGCCUCCUCAACAAUUAAUUAGUUCUUGGGGUAGUCAAGGCAGUCAUCUGCCUCCGAUCAGCUCUUCCGAUGAGGGUUCUCCCCCGUCUAUGAUUGGAGUAUCUUCAAUCAUCUCUUCGACGUCUGACGAUGUCUCGACCGUCUCGUCCCCAGAGCCCUACCAAUUUAUUCACGCUAACAGAAAACGGAACGUGGAUACUCACCUGUUUCAGCAAAUCUGUUCCUCAGACGCAAAUAUGGGCACCUUUUAUGUCCCCGGUGAUAGAUCGGCAAAUGAUGAUACAAUUCGACUUCCGCUUCAGUCGUUUACACCAGCUUCUGAUGGCUUUAAAGGACCUUCACCGACUUACAACUCUGCUGAUGUUGCUUUCACCGAUGUCAAUAGUACCACGAUCAACGGGUUCAAUGGAUAUCAAGCCCAAGUUUCGCCGGGUAACAGUAGUGGAAGCAAUUUCACCCGGCUAAGUCUCUUCUGGGGCUCAUUUUCUCUUCUCAUGUUCAAUCCUUUCGUCAUUUCCUCUAGCGGUGCCCAGAACCGUGAAGGUGCUCACUCCGCCGGGAUGCCCAUUCUUCGUUUGUUUUCGGCAAUAUCUCUAAGCUUCCGGCAUUCUGAAGGAAGCGAUGACACAAUGUCGGCGUUGAGUCCCCUUUUUCUGUCGUUUAUGUAUGCCGCUCAGUGGAUUGUGGCUAUUCUCCUUCUUCUCUUCGCAUGUCCCCGUAAUUUCGGUUCGGUGUUGCCGAGCUUUCUCACUCGAGGAUGGGGGAAACGAAUUCGCGGAGUUAUCAGCGAACUUCCUGGUGGACGAGUUUCUCUCUUACAUUGGAAGAGAUGUCAAGAACACACCAAAAAAAGAGCUUGGAUUGAAGCUGGAAGUCGGUUAAAGGAGUCUUUAACAGUACUCGGUGCCUUUCCAUCUAUCGGCAACGGCCUUGUAUCGACCUUUUGCGCACAUAUAAGUGCCUAUUUUGAGGGCCUCAGAUUUGCUGCAUAUCGCCUGCCACAGUUUUUUUGGCAUUUGAGUUCCAAACAUCCCAUCCUUCGAGCACCAGAGUUGUUACAAGUUGAUGUACCAACGGUGUCUCAAUUAAGGAGACAGCUGCUUGAUCUCAAAUUUCUUGGUAAGCACUUCAAAUAA